GCAGCGUCCCACGGACACGUUGGCUGACUUAAAAAAAUGUAAAAGGAGACGUAGCGCUUAGCAAGACGAAAAAAAUGCUACUUUGACGUACCCACGAGUUACAUAUUAAGGAAACACAAAUGUUCGUGCUCUCUGCUAGAUUAUUUCAACAUAAUUAAGAUAAAAUGGGGAAGAGAGACAAUCGAGUGGCCUACGUAAACCCAAUCGCCGCGGCACGAUCCAGGGGACCGGUACAGAACUCCGGCCCGACCAUACAGGAUUAUUUAGGCAGACCUCGACCAACAUGGGAAGAGAUAAAAGAGCAGCUGGAGAAGAAGAAGAAAGGCUCACGGGCCUUGGCUGACUUUGAGGACAAAAUGAAUGAGAGAUGGAAGAAAGAACUGGCAAAAAACCGGGAAAAGCUGUUGGGUGCGAGCGAAAAGGACAAAGACAAAGACAAAAAGGCAACAGAGCGUGAAAAGGAUGAAAAGAAGGAUAAAAAGGAGAAAAAGGAGAAGAAGAAGAGAUCCAGCAGGCAUUCUUCAUCUUCUUCCUCCUCCUCAUCGAGUUCUGAUUCCUCCAGCAGCUCCUCCUCAGAAUCUGAAGAUGAGCUCGAAAAGAAGACCGUGAAGAAAAAGCGGAAAAGAAAGAAGUCGUCAGCCAGGAGAGCAUCAGAUGACUCAGAUCCAGACUCAGAUGCUGAAAGAAAGAAGAAAAAGAGAAGAAAUAAGGAAGAAGGCGAUAACAAUAAGAAUGACAAAAGCCGUCGAAAGAAAAUUAAAAGUGAGCCAAAGUCGUCUGCCGAUUCAGAUGGAGAUGAUCUGGCUGAAAUCAAAAAGAGAAAGAGAAGUAGUGAAGAAAAGGAUAAAAUCAUAGACAAGUUGAAGAAAAAGCGGAAAAAGAAGCACAAGAAGCAUGGCAGAAAAAAGAAGAGAAAGGCGGCAUCUCAGUCGGAGUCUGAGCUGGACUAGCUGUGACUUGAUUGUUCACUACUUGGGCUUUUUAUUUUUUAUUUUUUAAUUUUUUUUUUUGACCACCAGUAACAUCCAGCUCAGAUUUUGACAAUUGCUGUGCUUUGCUGAGGUUGUGGAGCCUUGUUGAGUCAAGUGUAUCUUUUUUGGGGGGGGAGUAUCAGAUUUGUUGACAGCAGGCCUCAACUCCCUUCUGCCGGUGUGACUGAACUCUCCCUCCGAGGAGUCAUCUGCUUUCUCCUUUGCAUGUCGUGCAGAAUGCUUGAUGUCAUGCCAGCCUCAUAUUGAAGUUGGACCUGUAUGAUAGAACACACCUCCGUUCAUUGCUGCACAACAGUGCACGCGUGAAUGGGGACUUCCUGAAUAAAGUCACAUUUAUAGCCAU